AUGUCUGGAAACACGCUCAGAGGCACGCCCAACCGCAACCAGGGCCGCGGGAGCAUCCCCUUUGCCAACAGCCCUGCUGCCUCUGCUGCAUCGGGCAUCCCCCGUCCCGCCGGCGAACCCCAGCCGUCAGAGUCGAGCUCGUCUGUCAGCGCAAGCCGGCAGAAGCAGUCCAAGCGCGAUGAGGCCAUCCGGCGCAAGAUGGAGAACGACCUCUCCAAGAAGAAGCACCUCACAAGCCGUGCCCGCCUUACCCGCAAGGCGCCCCCCGGCACCGUCCUCGCCCUGAAGCCCAGCCCGGCACUGCAGAUCAAGCCGGCCACCACCGUUUCCGAGGCGGCCCAGCUCAUGGCUGCCAAGCGAGAGGACUGCGUCCUCGUCACCGACGACGACGAAAGGAUCGCCGGCAUCUUCACUGCAAAAGACCUGGCUUUCCGCGUCGUCGGUGCGGGACACAAAGCCGCCAACAUCACCAUUGCCGAGAUCAUGACCAAGAACCCGCUCUGCGCCCGAACAGACACCAGCGCCACUGAUGCCCUGGACUUGAUGGUUCGGAAGGGUUUCCGUCACCUACCCGUCAUGGACGAGAACCAGGACAUCUCGGGCGUACUGGACAUCACAAAGUGCUUCUACGACGCCAUGGAGAAGCUCGAGCGGGCCUAUUCCUCGUCGAGGAAGCUGUACGAUGCGCUCGAGGGCGUCCAUUCAGAGCUCGGCGCCACCCAGCCGCAGCAAAUCAUCCAAUACGUCGAGGCCCUGCGCUCCAAGAUGUCCGGGCCGACGCUCGAGUCCGUCCUCAACGGCGUCCCACCAACCACCGUCAGCGUGAGGACCUCGGUCAAGGAAGCUGCAGCGCUGAUGAAGGAGAACCACACCACCGCUCUCCUGGUGCAAGACCAGGGUGCCAUCACUGGCAUCUUCACCAGCAAGGACGUGGUCCUUCGGGUCAUCGCCCCUGGCCUUGACCCCGCCAACUGCAGCGUGGUCCGCGUCAUGACGCCUCACCCAGACUUUGCUCCGAUGGACAUGACCAUCCAGGCAGCUCUUCGCAAAAUGCAUGAUGGCCAUUACCUCAACCUGCCCGUCAUGAACGACGGCGGCGAAAUCGUCGGCAUGGUCGACGUUCUGAAACUGACCUACGCCACCCUGGAGCAGAUCAACACCAUGUCGAGCGGCGACGGCGAGGGGCCGGCCUGGAACAAAUUCUGGCUGUCAAUCGACAACGAGUCCGAGUCUCUAAUGUCUGGCGAGGGCAGCCACAGCCACCAGCACACCAUUCUCAGCUCGCGCAUGAUGUCGCCGGACGCGACGCGCGACCGUCUUGGCGAUAGCGUCGCCCCGGGCGACUCUGCCUCCCACGUUGGAGCCGACUCGCCCCCGCCUUUCAUCGUCCCCGAGACCCCUGAGCCACUAAACCCCGCCGACACGCCGUUCCCCUUCAAGUUCAAGGCUCCUUCGGGACGUGUCCAUCGCGUGCAGAUUGUGGCCUCGCACGGCCUGGACGUGCUUGCGGCUGCCGUUGCCACCAAGCUAGGAAACGAAGUGGCUACGAUUGGUGGUCCGCCGGUAGUCGAGGACGGCAAGAUGAGCGGCUCUGGCUUUGCACUCAGCUACAUGGACGACGAGGGUGACACAGUCUCCAUUACCACGGACAACGACCUCCUCGAGGCUAUUGUACUUGCUCGCCAGCGCCGUCGUGACAAGGUCGACCUGUAUGUUCACGACCCGGACAAGCCCCCUGUCGCUGCUGGCGCUCCCGUGGAGACGCCCGUGAUCCCAACGCCUCUCAUGUCCUCCAUUCUCCGUGAGCGCCGGAAAGGCUCUGAUGACGAAGAGGACGAGGACGACGAGGACGACGACUCGGUGCUCAUUGCCGGAGUGCCGAACGAGCUGCUUCUCCCCGGUGCUAUUGUCACAUUGGCCGUGGUGAUUGUGGGUGUCUUCACCAUAGCGCGAGCAACCAGCCGAAGAGCUUGUUCGGAGCCCGUCAUGAUACUACGAAACGUCGCCUUGCGGCAUGGCCGUCGCGCCUUGGCAGCUCCUCUACCACGAGCAACAAUUCGACGAUUGUCGACCGAAGUCAAGACCGAGGACGCAAAGGCUGAGAGCGCGCCUGAUGCAACCUCUCCCGCUCCCGGGCCGGAGCAGGCUUGGUCCACACCCCAGCCGGCCGCAGCGCCGCCUAGAAUACCUUUGUCGUCGAAGAAAAAGAAGCAAAGGUCGGCGCAAGAGAUCAUCACGGCCCUAGGCUCCGAGGCAGUUCGGGAGCACCAGGGCGCCUCGUGGGCGAGACCGCAUAAGAUUGGGACCCAAGUCGUGUCGCCGGCGCAGCAAUAUGCAGAGUUCCAGCGCAUGAAGAAAAACACGCGGAAACUUGGAAGCGAUGUCGUGAAGCGAUACAUCCCCUCAGAUGUCCUCGUCAACCCGCCCCGGCCCGAGGACGUGACUCUGGAGCUGCUGAUGGCGUCGCAAACCCACAUGGGGCACAACACAUCAAUCUGGAACCCAGCCAACUCGCGAUAUAUCUUCGGUGUACGACAAGACAUCCACAUCAUUUCGCUCGAGACGACGGCGGCCCAUCUUCGGAGGGCGGCACGAGUGGUCGAGGAGGUGGCAUAUCGUGGGGGCCUCAUCCUGUUUGCCGGCACUCGCAAGGGCCACAUGGAGAUUGUGACCACGGCGGCCAAGCUGGCAAGGGCAUGCCAUCUGUUUACCAAAUGGACGCCAGGAUCCAUCACCAACCGCGACGUCAUCCUCAAGAACCGGAUGAAAAAGGUGGUGAACCACCUUGACAAGGAUCUAGAAGACUUUGACGAUUACAAUGGCACCACGAGGCCGUUGAUCCCGGACCUGGUCAUCUGCUUGAACCCAGUGGAAAACUACACCCUGCUAUACGAGUGUGGCCUCAAGAACAUUCCCACGAUUGGCGUCAUUGACACCAACGCAAACCCGUCUUGGGUGACGUAUACAAUUCCCGCCAACGACGACAGCCUUCGAGCCAUGGCAGUAGUAGCCGGUGUGCUCGGCAGGGCGGGCGAAAAGGGCAGGAAGCGGAGGCUCGAGGACGCGGGCCAGGGCAACGUGCCGUGGAAGACAUCGCCGGACCUGCAGCUGCACAUGCGGAAGGAGGUGGAGGCGGCCAAAGUGAAACAGAAGGAGGUCAUGGGAAAGAUUCAGUCUCAGACGGAGGGCUUCACCGAGGAAGAGAAGCAGAUGCUGAGGAACCACUACGAUGAAUCGGCGCCGGACUUUGACGAGGCAACGAUGAUGAAUGUUCUGGGCGAGACGGCGGCGGGCGAGCAGGGCAAGGCAAAUACCGAGGGUCAAGAAGCAGAGGCUGAGGUGAAGACGGAGACGGGGGCGAAGGCAGAAACGCGGCUGGCGGACAUGGAGGAUGGUCUCGGGGACAAGGUCAGGAAGAGUUGA